AUGUCUGUCCGCAUCUUUGCCACAGGCGGUCAUUCCGGUCUUGGAUUUGAAGCGCUCAAGACGCUUCUCGCCUCGCCUGCUCUCGCUUCUGGUGGCAACCUUACGUUGAUGGUUCGAGACGAAAAUUCUGCUGCCGUCGCAAAGUCUCGCCACACGCUCUCCGAACAGCACAAAGCUGCCACAUCUUCUUCAUCCUCCCGCUUGUCUAUAGGGACCCAAAUCAUGGAGCUUGCCUCUCCGUCAUCUGUUCGAGGCGCUGCUGCAGCGAUCAAGCCUGAAUUGCAAGCCGAUUCUGUGCCAGCUGUGGGCCAAGACAUCUUUCUGCUCAAUGCCGCUGUCGCCAAACCAGCAAGACAAUGUGUCGUCGACAGCGAUCGGGCAUCAGGCAGGCUCAGUUAUCCCUCGGAUCAUCUCUUCAGUGACGAUGGCUUGAUUGAGACUACUGCGUGCGUCAAUCACGUUGCACAUCUCUUGUUCAUCACAUUGCUUAUUCCUUCGAUCACACAAAACGCAAAGAGGGGCCGGAAGACGCGCAUUGUGUUCACUGGCAGCGCACUACAUCGCUCGAUCAAAGACCUCUCCGUCCUUGAUCGCUUCUUCUCCUCUUCCUCGCAUGCAAGCGCCUCAUCGUGGACUCUGCGCGAGACAUAUGCAGCAUCCAAAUUCCUACAGAUGCUUGGCGUGCGUGCUAUUCGCCGCCGUAUCCAAGACGCGCUGGAAGCAGCUGCUGCUCCAGCGGGUAGCGUUGAGGUAGUUGUAGUCCAGCCCGGAUUCGUGCCACAGACCGGACUCUGCCGCGAUUCGAACCUAGUGACGCGAUUUGCCAUGUCGUACGUGCUUCCUUGGGCGCCAUUUGCGACUAGCCCAAACGCAGCCGGAAAAUUCAUUGCGGAUGCUUGUACGAUGGACCUGUCUGCUUCCCCACUGCAGGCUGAAGAUGAGGACGGUUUCCAUGCCAAAGACGGCCUUGUGCCUUCAGCGUUGCUCGAAGUCCGCGCCAAAAAUCAAUGUUUCGGUACGCUCGACCCAUGCACCGCGGAUAUUCAGUUGCAAGAGCAAUGGUGGCCUGCUGCAUGCGAUCAUUCUUGA